AUGCUAAGGAAGACGUCAGCUUUGCUGUGCGCAGUAUCCGCUGCCGCCGCCGCCGCCGCCGCCGCAAGGGCUGCAUGUGUGGCGAGUGAGCUGCAAAAACUUGUCCCGGCUCUUCUCCCGCUGCUCGAUCCGCCUGUCGCGAAUGGAGAGACUGUGUCUGCGGCACACCUCAUUGCCGCCACCGGGCACACGUCGAGAAGAAACGAUGUGCACCUGCCUGACUGCCCCGUGCUUGCGCGCGCGCUUCCGCUCACCGCGCUGGCCGACCACGGCGCUUUUCUAAAGCGCCCUUGUCGCUCGUGUCUCAAGCGGCGCGUCCAUUUUCUUUCUAGCGAGCAUUUCUGCAUGAAUCUCGAGGAGAACUGCUCACGGGGUGACGGAAGUGUGCCGGCGGAGUGGGAGAGCAUCGCGGCAAAGCAGCUUGGGUCCUUUGCGCGUCUCAGCGAGGAGUUUGUGCUGUACGCGAAAAGUCGGCGGGAACCCGGAUGGACAUGGCUGGUGUAUGACAAGGAACGGCUUGAAAGCCAACGACUUGUGGUGGUGAACUUUCCGGCCAACCGGGUCCCGCUAGAGUUGGGGCUUUGGCCACUGGCGGUGAUUAAUAUGACCGAGAGCAGGCUGAUGGCGGCGAUAGAGGCAAAGGCAACAAGGACUGUGGCAGAGUCUCCUCCGGCGCCGUGGUCCCGUGCGGCUCGUAACCCACUCGCGGCAGCAACGUUAACUACAACUGUGGCGGGGACGACUGUUGCGGCUACCGAUGCUAUUGGCGGCUUAGAUGGGGAUCUUUGCUCCAUUCGUGCACAGGUUGCCCAGGAGGCCGUGCUAGAGAUGAACUGGGACUUUGUCCUGCGGCAGUGGAAACAGGCAGAGAGAUACUACACCUCGGUGGAGCGCGAGAACAAGAUCCGCGCGCAUCGUACAAAGAUGGAGCGCGAGGCGGCUCUUGCGGCGAUGAGUAAACUACGCGACAGUGGAGCCACCAUUCUUACAUCUGACACGGUCGAAAUCACAGUAGCAGGCGGCAACACGGCUGCCAAACAGGACUCUCAGCAUCAAACGGUAUCGGCACAGGCAACGCAGGAGAAUACUAGUAAGGAGCCCAAGGAAGAAAAAGCCGCUGUUGCUGCGGACAAUCAAGAUCCCCACUCUGCACAACUGGAGGAUGGCACAUGGCAGUACACGUAUCAAAAUGGUGAUGUGACACUCCUGCGAACUGAUGGCACUAAAGUCUUCAAGAAGAGCGAUCUGAGCACCACGGUUUUUGCGGAUGGCAGUACGCUUUACGAGUACCCGAACAAUACCUCCAUCCUUGACCGCGUGGAUGGCGUGCGCGUGACGACCUUUGCGGAUGGCACAAGGAAAGAAGAGCGGUAUAAGUGA